UUUGCUGUUUCUCAUGGGUUGACAUGGACAGCACUUGGCGACCUAGCGAAGCUGAUAAACUUUAUCGUGGGUACAAAUGCAUUGCCUCAGAGCAAAUUCGCUUUUCGGAAGCUCUGGGCAACGGACAUGCAUGAUGUUGUGCAGCAUCACUUUUAUUGUGAGCCAUGCAAACGCGUCAUGACAACGCAUGGCAAUUCCUCUGAGUGCAGCAGCUGUCACAGUGUGAGAACUACCCAGUCAUUGAAAAAGGAAGGUAGCUUUUUCUUCAUUCUUAACCUGGCAACGCAACUCAGCCAUAUGAUCGAACGGACCAAAGAGGAACUGCAUGAAAGCCUUGAAGCACUUAAACAGCCGUCAUCAACAAUCACUGAUAUUACGAAAGGCCACUGCGACAGCAAACUGAGGGAAGAACAGAACCUAUGCCCUGAUGAUUUGACACUGACAAUAAAUACUGAUGGGAGCCCUGUAUGGAAAUCUUCGAAGACGACAGUGUGGCCCCUGCAAUUUAUUGUUAAUGAACUGCCACCACACUUGCGAUUUAAGCACCCGGUUCUCGCUGGGCUGUGGUUCGGCAGAAAACAUCCUGAAAUGCAACUGUUCCUUCAGCACUUUGCGAAUGAAGUGAACAGCACAGGGGUAGUGAACUGGGCUCACAAAGGCGACAUUCAUGUGUCAAAGCCUUAUGUAUUGUGCGUCUCCGUUGAUGCACCUGCAAGGGCAUCAGUGCAGAACAUGGUCACUUUCAAUGGAUAUUUUGGUUGCACAUGGUGCCUGAGUCCAGGAGAGCACCGGGAAGGGAGCAUGCGCUACACAUUGGUGUCACCGAUUGAACAGAGAACUUCAGACCGUGUCAAGAGUGAGAUGCAUCUGGCAAGCAGGAUUAAAGACACCAUCAAUGGCUUAAAGGGACCAUCGGCCUUGAUGAACCUGAAAGGUCUGGACCUUGUGAACGGAUACAGCGUUGAAUAUAUGCACUGCGUACUACAAGGUGUUGCAAAGCAGCUGACGGAAACAAUUCUAUCAAGUUCGAACUCUGAUCAGCGUUUCUAUUCUGGUGCACCAUCAGCACUUUCCCGAAUAGAUCUGCGGCUGCUCUCCAUCAAGCCACCUCACUGCAUCGCACGACUGCCACGGUCCAUUCAAGAGAGAAGCCAUUGGAAGGCAUCUGAAUGGAGGCACUGGCUCCUUUUCUAUGCCUUGCCUUGCCUUAAUGAGAUUCUUCCUCAAGAGUACUGGAGGCACCUCUCCAAGCUUUGCGAGGCUAUAUAUAUGCUGCUUCAAGAGGAACUUACCAGUUUCGAAAUUGACAAAGCCGAGUCUCUUCUGAGGAACUUCGUGUCGAGGUGCGAGGCAUUAUAUGGUGUGACAUUCAUGACGUAUAAUGUCCAUGCACUCCUCCACCUUGGAAACUGCACCCGCUCCCUUGGGCCCCUUUGGGCACAUUCUGCAUUCGUGUUUGAAGGGGGAAAUGGAUACACCGUGCGGCAGAUUUCUGCAGCAAAGGGCCUUCCAGACCAAAUUAUAGAGCGGAUCAUCAUGUUUCAGCAGCUACAGUGUGUACUUCAAAGCCCACUUCUACUUUCUGAAGAAAAAAGGUUGUGCAAUGGUUUCCUCGGAUAUGCACCGGUAAAAAACUUUUUCCGGGUUGAUGGCCUAUCGCUCUUGGGCAUAGGUAAAAACACAGUGCUAAGUGCUGAAGAGCAAGAUGCAGUGUAUUAUCGGUGUGAAGUGGCUGUGUCCUCUGCUGUGGAAUAUGAGCGGUUUGUACAAAAUAAGCAAGUUUUCCACAGCACUAGAUUCAGAAGACCAUCAAAAUCGGAUACAACCUUUGUGCGGACAGACGCUGGGUGCUAUGCACGAAUUGAGAAGAUAGUUGUGCUUGAAGAGACAGGCCGCUGCGUUGUCAUCUGCAGACCUGUGAUCAUAGCAGACAUUCGUGCCAUUCCUCCUCACAUAAAUGAGUGCUUCCUUUCAUGUGAUGGAACACGCAGUGCGUUCUUCCCUGAAGAAAUUGUUGACAGCUGUUUGUGCAUAGACUUUGUGCAAGAAGAUAAGAUGUUCAUUUGUGACCUUCCAAACAAGAUCGAAAGGGAUUAAGGGGACACUAAAGAGAAAUAUGAAUUAAGCUGUGUUAGUAAAUAACCAUUCCUCAUUACCUAACUGAAGUGUCUAAAGCUACGGCAAAAUGGCAGAUCCAUAAGGUGCACGCUCUUAACGCAACUGCGUCCCGCAAAGCUCCUCACUGCUUAUCACACAUGUAUACCACCCCUUUAUCUCAUAUGCGAGGUAAAAUCCUGCACAAAUAAGAGCAAGCAGUACGUACUGCAGUGAACUUCGAUGCCAAUCAGUGCUAGCGCAGAGGAGGGCUUGCUAUUGUAACGAAAGAGGCAUUUACAAGUGGCUCUGGCUGGUAAAUACGUUAUAAAUAAAAGGCCAGGAAAGAAUAUGCGUAAACCACACAAAAAUGUGCCUUCAAGAUACCCAACAGCUUUAGUUAGCAGUUAAUAUUACAACUGGAGAUGCAGCUCAUGAAACUUCAAUGGUAUCGUAGCAGUAGUAUCUCGAAUUCUCACGCUGCUGUCUAGGGUUCGAUUUUUCGUCGCAGAUUAUUUUGACGGUUUAUUUUUUCCUUUUUUUUUUCUUGCUUUCCUUGCUUUAAAUAUGUUGCCGUGAAAGCACGCAUCAAUGCUAUGAAAGCAGAUGUAGCAGAUGUUAUUGCAAUGUCGAGCACAUCAACCUAUGUGGGCUGCGCUGAAACAGGCAUAUAUGUAAUGUUGUACUUUAAUGUGCAGAAUAAGUGUUAACACGAGACAAGCAUCUAUUUAGCUGUUCAGCAUACUUGUGCUUGAUGUAUCCUAACAGUAAACAAGGCAUAAUCACUAAGAAAUCUCACAUGUACUUCUAAAGUAGUGCCGGAUUUGUCUAACAUACCUGUCAAGGAAUUGGUGGGAGACGCAGGAUGUACAUUUAGUUACAACUUACCAAGAAAGCACUCAUGCAUCAGAACAUGCUAUACGUGCCUGGACAGAUGUAAAGUAGCGAUGCUGUUUUAAAUUUUUCGCACCAGCUUGCCACGACGUUAUAGAAUUCGACGUCUGCUCGAGCCUAAUGGAUAUUUCUGUAAAUAUACAUGCAUUAAUCGUUUUCUGAAAGCCGAUGACAGAAUUCACGAAAUUUCAAGACUGCUGAAUUACAAUGGCUGUAAUACAAACCAAUGCUUUGCAAUCUGUGAUGUCACACUGAUGUCUGGACAUGGUGUUUCAUUGUAAAAUUCAAAAAGGAAACGGAUCAUCAUUUUUUCUUUUAAUGAUCACCCUAGCUGUCACUGCAAAAUCAAUGAAACUAGUCUUUUCAAGACACUUAAUCAUCCUGAGCUGAUUCAGUAUAUCUCUUUAUUGUUCUUUUAAUGUCCCAGGGUAGGCCAUGCAUUGGCACCUGCCAUGCAAGUUUAUGUAUAAGGCCGUUUUUCUCGAAACACAUUUUUUCUUUUAUAUAAUACCAAGCGUCUUAAUGUUUGUCAUUUUAUUCAUCUUUCAGGUUCUUGUCCCUAUUUUUUUAAAGCAAAGAUAGUGCUGUUGGAAAAUUUGAUCAUCCUAUGAAUCUUUCAAAGCCAACUUUUUUUAAGUUGCAGGGUGUACAUAUGCUUCUAGUAGAAAAGUUAAUAUGUACAUAUAUAGUUGGAGGUCUCUGAGCCAGCAGCCAAGAUUUUCCGGUGAUUACAAAACAUGUUCCUAGCUUCUCUAGCUCUACUUUUUUCUGUUCCCCUGCUUCAUGUUCUACUUUGCGCCAGCAACAAUAUGUGUCGCACCAACUUGCCCAAGAACAAGUUCUUUUGGAGUACUUUCCAGUGACCUCACAUCCAUUGGCCACACUGUCUCUGUAGCCACCAAAGACAGCAUCUACCGAAUUCUGCCAAGGGGGAUGCUCAAACAGUGUCUCUGAAAGUAACGAGGGUACUGGUCUGGGCGAGUUCGUAGUAUUACAUAAAAAUAGUUGUUGUGCGCAAACUGAAUGACGAAGGACAGGAAUUAGACGAGCACAAGCACAAUUUACUGUAACGUGCAGCACGCUCCGACAGGUCCGUCUACGCACAAUGCAAUCUCAGACCACCAUGGAUCUGUUUCCGUCGUGGCUGUCUCCAUAGAUUAUCAACUUCCUGUUGUGACAACCCCAAUGAGGCCGUGCUGACACACUCAUUCUCUAGUUGGAUUAUCUCGGCCGCCUUUAUGGUCUCUCGUGUCGGUCCGAUUCCUGUGUUUAGCAACCACCAAGCAAUCUUCGAAUGCUGGCAGACACCCUUAAUCCCUGCAAUGCACUCCUAAAUGCCCUUGUACUGAUCUGUACAUGGUUAUGGUGUUCAUAAAGCCUAUCAUUUAAACAUCUUCCCGUCUGCAUUAUGUAUGUCUUUCCACACGAAAUCCUCUAAUUCCUGUCCUUUGUCAUUUAGUUUGUGCACAACUGUUUAUUUUCAUAAAGUGUUGGAAAUGUAAUGUGGUGCCGCAUAACAUGGUACGCGUUAGUGACCACUGAAGUGGGAGGUAGUGAAGAAAGGCAAAAUUCGGCUGGGCUGACCCUGUACCGGUCGUCAACCAUCCUAAUUCACAUGCGUCAUAUCUUCGAAGCAAACACCUUUUGCAUGAAAAUAUUGUGUGUUAAAACAGUAUAUUUGGGUUGUUAUCCUUCCUUUCUUCAUAACUUUCUCUAAGGAGAGAGCGGGAAUUCGAAUUUUACCUGUCUCAAUAUUUUCUCCAAGAUACUUUUUGUAAUUUCCACAACUUUGUAUGUAACUACAGGAUGUUUCAGCAAUAUAUUGUGUUUUGUAUAGUAAUGGUCCACUUUUGCACAUUUUUUGUAUGGGCAACAUAAGAAAAAGUAUGGGGCUUACAUUUGUGUUCUCCCUUGCCUUUGUUUUUGAGUUGCUGUCUUGUUACCAGUUACUUAUACAUCCCCUGUUUUGAGUUGUGGAAUGUAAUACAAAGAGUUCACUUUCCACCACUUUAUUGUAGUAGAACAGGUGUUUCAUUUUUUGUAUAAGGGGACAUUGCACUAGUGUGUCAAAAAGGACGUGGACAGGAGCAUGAAAAAAGACACACCGAACGCUAGACGUCAACUGGCUUUAAGAAGGACAAAAUAUAUACGCAAAAGUAUGCAUGCUACAUGAUCAAUCCCUGAAGCACAUGCCCAAUGGCACCAUAUUGUGCAAGAAUUUUAUUUCCUUUGCUGUCAAAGAUAAGUUAGGUUUGCUGACACAGGCGUUUUUUGUGAUAAGUAAGGAAGGCGUCAAGUAUUUCACGCUCUCUGAUGUGUGCUAGAAGUAAUCACUUGAGUCUUAUCAAAGAGCGGCGUGCAUGCAUUCUCACAACGCUUGCAAUGUGCCGCCUUGUGUCCAGAUCCUGAUGGUGCAAUGACAAGCAGCUUGUGCUCCAUUAGGCGAACGUUGAUACACCGGCCUGUUUGGCCAAUGUAGCACCUUCCGCAUGACAUCAGAAUUCUGUAAACUACAUUUGUCCUGCAUUUCACAUAAGGCAGUUCAUGUUUAAUUAGGCAAGGUUGUUUACUGUGAAUGGCGCCACUGACAACUUUGCAGUUUCCCGAGUUUAUCGGUGCCAUGAGCACAACUCGGACAUUGUAUUUCUCCGCCACCUUUUUAAGGCGGUGCGUCAGCUGGUGAAUAUAGGACACUGCCAUGCAUCUAGCCUGCUCAAGAGCUUGUUGCUCAAUCGUCGACGCCUGAUCACCAGCUUUAACCACUCUUGUCAGGCCUUCAGCCACGGACACCACAAGUUCCCUAGGGAACCCUGCCUUUGUCGGGCGAACUGCCUGUGUAUAUGCAUUUUCCAUGAACCUUGUGUGAGCAGGACUCGUCCAGGGCAACACAUAGGCAUGUCUUGGCGAUCCCUCUCUUUGCGAAUUUGGAGUGGACCCAAUCAAAAUUCAGUACACUCUUUUUCGACCUUGGCUGGUACAUAUAAACGUGCGAGUCAUUGAAGGAAAACCGAACAUCCAAGAACUGUAAGCUACCCUUGUUAAGCUCAUGGGUGAAGGUCAGACGUUGAGCGCAUGACUCGCCAUGUUCUCAACACCUUCACCAAUGUGCGCGACAACCAGAAAGUCAUCGACGUACCUAAAAAUUUUAAAAAUUUGGUUGUCUUCAAGGCAGCUUCAAUAUGUGUCCAAGCCAGCUAAAAACAAUUCACUCGGCACGGAGGUGAUGCGUGAGCCUAUGCACACUCCCUUGCACUGAAUGAAUCUACCACGCUCGAAAUUUACAAAGUAGCAGAAAGAUAAAGCUCUAAAAGCAUUAAAAAAAUGUUACAUAGGAAUACCUGCAUCGUUUUGGAAGCCCACAGUUCCAGACGAUUCAGUACUGACCUUCACUCGCUAAAAUAUCGCUCUGACAAAUAGAAUAAAACGUCUGCAAUAUGUCAAUCGAAGAAGUUAAGUUAGCUUCAAAUGACCUUCCUUCAUGAGAGAAACAAUCAGUUAUAACCCUUGAAUUACACACUCUGAGCGGGUAAACAAUUGGAAGGCGCGUCAAACUUUUUUGGAGGAAUUUGGAAAGAAUACUGUGCUAAGAACCUGCCUCGGUGACUUGAAUGUAGGGUAACCUCUGGUUUGUGAGUUUUGGCCGAGAAGAAUACAGUCAAGCCAUUUCUAUCGACCCCUUCCAUAUUUUUCUGAAGAUUAUAGCCAGAUUCAGCUUUUUGCUAAGGGAAAUUUUGUGCUUAAUUCUUGAACUUUGCCGCAGUUGAAUGCGUUUGCACAAAAUUCUUCGAUAUAGCCUCAAGUGCCUUCUCUUGAAACAGCUCUUUUGGCAUCACUACAAACCCACCCUCCUAAUUAGUAAGAUCAUUAGAAAUUAAAUAGUCAACACUAGCUUUCACAUUCAGCUUGGACUUCCCAGAAUAGAAAUUGCCACUUAGGAGGCAGUCCACACCUUCCGACAUACGCUGACUUUUCUCCUCAUGGCUGAUUUGUAUUGAUAAGGCUACUUAUUCUUUAUGAAACAUCUCACCUAAUUGCAAUAAAAUAUGUAAUACUACAAAAUGAAUACUAAAAUUGCUGCUACAGAAGCUGUGGCACAUCAUAUGCACAUCUCUGCAAUCACUCGGUAUUUAGGUGGCAGUUAACAUUUAAAAGUAGCCUUUGAACAACAAAUGCACCAAGUGUAAUUCUUUAUAACUCUUGCCCCCAUUCAAUGAAUACAAAAAUUCACAUUAGCAUGUCUCGAUAGGUGUGUACAGUGCUAGCUAGAGCCUUGACCAUCAAGUAUCAAGGUUUGCCUUUCAGCAGACACUUCGCCUUUCAAAAGAGCAUUUUUGCAAUAGUGCAGCUCUUCAGAAUUAGCUUGACAAAAGGGCACAUCAUUCGAUGUGUAGGACAACUGGUGACCUAUUGCAAUAUAGGAAAUGGGCAUGUCAUAGAAUGCAUAGGACGGACUAUUUGUGGUCCAUUGCAAUAGCAGAAUUUGAUUUUCAAAAAGAUGGAAAUGCAGUCAAUGGUGACAGCAUUGCACAGAAUUGUAUUAUGAGAUUGUGGUUAAAGAAAAUUGGGGGCCAUUGGGUAGGUUGGGAUUAUGCAUGAAAUUGGAUGUUGCAGAGGCCUCUAUGCACUAUAGUGGAUUCUGCCUAACCAAGAUGUGUAGAUGAAUGUUAACAAAAUGCAUAGUCUAAGUUGUGCUUUGUUGGAAAUGCAUAUGAUGGUAUGUCUAUAGCACAUUUAAUAACGGAAAAAGAAGCAAGAAAACAAAUACAGUUAUCCUAUAGCCGGGAAAAAUUACCUUCUAAAAGUAAUUCUAUAUUCCCUAAAUAUGUUGCACUUCAAGAAUAAUUAAUAUUCUGUUGCAUAUGCAGCUACUUGUUAUUGCUGAUUAAGCUUUGCAAAAACUAUGGAUUUUAAUUUAAAGAUAUUUCUACUCAUCUUGCAGUUAAAUGGCAUGCAUUUAACAAAGUAUAGGAUAUGUGCUAAGCUUGCUGUACAAGGCCAAUUUAUCACUACAUCUUCUCUCGUAAAGUCUGCAUGGUUCCAUAUUUAGCAUGCUGCACAAAACAAGGUGCUGGAUUUGCUUUAUUGUGUACCUUCAUAAAGAUAUAUUUUUUCUGGUGGGUUGUUUUUUUUCCUUAAUUGGAGCAAUGCACUACUACAUCGUAAUGUAGUGCUUAGUGGAAUAGCAUAUGCCUAAUCACUGAAACCAAUGCUUUAAUUCAUGAUUGGAGUGUAAUGCUUUGUCUUGUAUAAUGUAUGUUGUAUAGCUUGUUGAUUGACGGUUGCAUUCCUGCUAUGUACACAGGAAAAGCUACUGCAAUAUCUGGGCCCUCCUCCAUUGCAUCGACGAGCAAGAAUAAUUCGUUUGAAAUGUAGCAUAUUUGAAUUGUGGAUCAUUAAUUACUGUACAGUGCCUCAAUAAA